ACCGCGGCAGCCGGUGCCGACAGGUGUCCCCGCAGGUGAUGGCAGAGCAGGGAGAGAAGGACCCGGAGUACCCGGAAUACCGGGAAUACCAGCGGCUGGAGGACUGCGAGGAGGACUCGCCCCCGGGCGAGGAUGAGGAGGAACUGCUGCUGCACGUCACCGAGGGCCCAACAGACUCGUGGCACCACAUCAAGGACCUGGACAGUUUCUUCACCAAAAUCUACCAUUUCCACCAGAGGAAUGGCUUCGCCUGCGUCGUGCUCUCAGAUGUCCUGGAGCUGGUGCAGUUCCUGUUCGUCGUCACCUUCAGCACGUUCCUGCUGUGCUGCGUCGACUACGACGUCCUGUUUGCCACCCGCGCCCUGAACCAGAGCCACGUCCCCGAGCACACCAAGGUGACGCUGCCCGACGCCGUGCUGCCCGCCCCGCAGUGCGCCCGCAGGCUCCGUGGCAGCAGGUGGCUGCUGGGCCUGCUGGCGUGA